GUCUGUCAGCGGAGGUCGGGUAGCGUCGAAGAUGGAGGCUUAGUUGUCGCUUGAUGUCCACCGGAGAAGCAGGUCUUCACUGAACCGUGUUUUAUUUUCAGUUUUCAUUUGUUCUACUUUGUUUUUUCGCCCUGUGUUCGGGCUUCAACAUGGAGAUGAAGAAGAGGAUUAGCCUGGAGCUGAGGAACAAGAGUCCCGCUGAGGUGGUGGAGCUGCUGGUGGAUAACUGCCGGUCCGGUGACGGGGAGGUGGAGGGUCUGACGGACGAGUACACGGAGCUGGAGAUCCUCAGCAUGGUCAACGUGGGCCUCAGCUCCUUGUCCAAACUGCCCUCACUGCCCAAGCUACGCAAGCUGGACGUCAGUGACAACACCAUCGCUGGAGGCCUGGACACGCUGGCAGAGAAAUGUCCCAACCUGACGUACCUGAACCUGAGCGGCAACAAGAUCAAGGACCUGAGCAGCAUCGAGGUUCUGCAAAACGUGAAGAACCUGAAGAGUCUGGACCUGUACAGCUGUGAAAUCACCUUGUUGGACGACUACAGAGACGGCGUCUUCGAGCUGUUGCCUCAGCUCACGUUCCUGGACGGAUACGACCAGGAGGACAACGAGGUCCCCGACUCCGAGGCCGACAGCGAUGAAGAUGAUGAAGCCGGUCCACCUGGAGACGAGGACGAGGACGAGGAUGAGGAGGAUGAGGAGGAAGGCUCUGAGGGAGACGAGGGCGAGGUCGGCCUGUCCUACCUGAUGAAAGAGGGAAUCCAGGACGAGGAGGACGACGGAGACUACGUGGAGGAGGACGAGGAAGAUGAGGAGGAGGAAGAGGAUGGAGAUGAGGACGGCGCCGGCGAUCGGGGGGAGAAGAGGAAGAGAGACGCGGAGGAUGAAGGAGAUGAUGACGAUGACGAGUAGUUGGACCACGCGAACACUGUUAACGCCUGACCCCUCCCCCCCUCCAUGGCCCCUCCCCCUCCAUCAUCUGGGCGUGUCCUCAGAGCUGCAGACCAAUCAUGUUCACGAGUUAGCUUGUUGUUACCACGGUAACCUGAUCAGCUGUCAUAGCUCAGUUAUUAUUAAUCAUUAACUCCAGUUAACUUUUAAAGCAUCGAUCAGUUGUUGAUCUAAUCAGGUUCAUCAUUAAACCAGUUCCACGUGUUCCGGGUUUGAGCUGGUUAGAACCAGUUAGAACCAGUUUGAAUCGUUUAAAUAUUGCCACUGGUCCUGACCACUAAAAACUACACUACCCAGGAGCCUCGGCGGCUGUGACAUCAGAGCCCUCUCCACAUCAGCUCCUGAUUGGUCCAAAUAUGAGCUAUGGUUUCUGCUCUGUGAUAGGAUGCUGUUUAAAGCAGUGCACUCUGGGACUUGUAGUUGCCUCCUGUCCUGAGGCCCCUCCCCCGCGCCCGCCCCCCGUGGUCCUGACCCGCGGUCCGACCCGGUUCCUCCCACUCCGUGUAAAUAGAAGUGGUCUCUGUAGGUGUUGUGGUGUCGACUCUCCUCCUCUGAGUUAAUUUUAUUUUUUUAUUCCUGUCUUGAUGGUGUCUGUAACCAGAGUGUUUUUUUGAAUAAAACGACUGAAUUCUGUUUUUGAA